UGAGUUUCUCCUUGCUGAAGGGUUAAAGGGGGCUGGAAAAGGGCAGUUUGGGACCGCCCAGUUGGAGGAUGCCAAUUUGGAAUACGCCAGACAAAACCUAGUGGUCGUUGAGGGGAAACGUGUGGAGGGGUUCCCCAAGCUUCCACAGGGUUUUCGCCGUUUGAGUUGCUCUAUGAACGGAGACCCAGAGGCAUGCUGGAUCUGGCUAAAGAGGCUUGGGAGCAACAACCAUCACCCCACCGCUCCGUCAUAGAGUAUGUGGAUCAGAUGCAAGAGAGGAUGGCUAAAAUAUGGCCACUCGUAUGGCAGCAUUUGCAGCAAGCACAACAAGCCCAGGCCCAGGUCUACAACCGGAAUGCUCAAGUGCGGGAGUUCCGGCCUGGAGAGUUUGUCCUUGUCCUCAUACCAACUGCAGAGUGCAAGUUCCUGGCAAAGUGGCAUGGGCCCUCUGUGGUGGUGGAGAAAGUAAGUGGGGUCAACUACAAGGUGAGACAACUGGGCCGAAGAAAAUCCUGCCAGAUUUACCACAUAAACCUUUUUAAGAAAUGGCAUGCCUCUGAUUGUGUGCCGAUGACAUUGCUAACAGUUGAAGUCCCAGGUUCUGACUCUUCACAGGUACCUUUAGGCUCACAGCUGACCCCUGUCCACCACCAAGACCUGGUAGAACUGACCAGUCAGUUUAAAGAGGUCUUCUCCAACCGACCUGGCCGAACUAAUGUAAUCCAACACGACAUAAUCACCGAACCAGGAAAGAAGGUGAGGCUCCGGCCCUACCGCAUCCUAGAGGCCAAGAGGGCAGCCAUUAAAGAAGAGGUGAGAAAGAUGUUGGAAAUGGGUGUUAUUGAAGAGUCACAUAGUGCCUGGUCCAGCCCAAUUGUUCUGACUCCCAUGCCGGAUGGCACUGAUAGAUUCUGCAAUGAUUUUGGAUAGUUGAAUGAAGUCUCUAAGUUUGAUGCCUACCCCAUUCCUAGAGUGGAUGAGCUAAUCGAGCGAUUAGGCCCUGAUCUUAUCAAAGGAUACUGGCAGGUUCCCCUCACCAAGGAAGCCAAGGAAAA